CCUUUUUUGUGUAACUAAAUAUGAAUCCUUUGGCUGGAGAGAACGGACAGGCACUUGCUCUGUUUUUUGUUUUUGUUUUUGUUUUUUCAGGUAAAUCCAUUCCUGAGGACCGCUCGUGGCAUGUUCCUGACAGCCCUUCCCGCCCCAAGCUUCGCUACAAACAGAUGGGAGGUGAUGGCAAUGUACAAACCAUCCCCUCAGAUUCCAGCAACCCUUGUAAACCAGCCUAUGGAAAGCUGCUGUUAUCCCCGGACACUGAUGGUGGUAAAGAAAGCUCCAGAAUCUUGAAUGGCAGCUCACGGCAGGAAGACGAAGGCCUGGCCGCUCUCAGCGGGCAGCAAUCAGGUGCCUUUGACAGAUGGGAGCUGAUUCAAGCCCAAGAACUUCACAAUCAACUCAGAAUAAAACAAAACUUGCAACAGCUGAACUCUGAGAUCAGCGACAUCACCACUUGGCUGAAAGAAACGGAAGCAGAGCUAGAAACGUUAAAGACAGCAGAGCCGCCCUCUGAUAUCCGGGAAAUGGAGCUCCGAGUGAGGCGGCUCAAGGAGAUCUUAAAAGCCUUUGACACCUACCAGGCUUUGGUGGUCUCCGUGAACAUGAGCAGCAAGGAAUUUCUGCAGACGGAGAGCGCGGAGUCCAGCGAGCUCCGGGGUAGAGUCGGCCAGCUGGGGCUGCGCUGGGACGCAGCCCAGGGUGCAGUGGAGAGCUGGAGAGAGGGCUUACGGCGGUCCCUCCUGCAGUGCCAGGACUUCCACCAGUUGAGUCAAGAUCUGUUACUGUGGUUAGCGAGUGCUGAGAGCCGGAGGCAGAAGGCUCAGGUCCUGGACCCAGAGGCAGACCCCCAGGUUCUCCUGGAAUGUCAGGAAGAGCUGAUGCAACUGGAAAAAGAGCUCACGGAACGUCAGCCUCAAGUAAACACCUUACAAGAGAUUUCAGACAGUCUCCUUAUUAAGGGGCACAGAGAAGACUAUAUUGAGGCUGAAGAGAAGGUACAUGUUAUUGAGAAGAAACUCAAACAGUUACUUGAGCAAGUGUCCCAAGACUUAAUAUCCUUGCAGGGACGCCAGAACCCAGACCCAUCUCUGCCCAGCUUGGACGAGGUGGACGCCGGAGCCCAGCCGCCAGCAGCAUCCGUGCCAGCUCCGCAAGCAAAGCAGUUUGGGGCAGACAGAACAACAGACAAGAACAAGCUGGACAGCAGCUCCCGGCCGCGGCGCUCGUUCGUGUCGCGGGUGGUCAGGGCCGCGCUGCCCCUGCAGGUGCUCCUGCUGCUGCUGUUGCUGCUGGCCUGCUUGCUGCCCUCCUCCGAAGAGGACUAUCGUUGCACUCAGGCCAACAACUUCGCCAGGUCCUUCUACCCCAUGCUGAGGUACACCAACGGGCCCCCUCCCACCUAGAGGCCCCGCCCGGCCUGCGGCGCUGCACCACCAGCCCGUUCCCGCGGGUGCCCGCCUCGGGGCCCCAGACCCCUGCAGCUCCAGACUCGGCCAGAGAGGGCGCUCUCUCUCAGCACCCGGGGCCCCACUUCCAAAGGCUGUUCCUCCCUGGGGGGCAGGGAGCCUGGGCCGUUUGGCAAAGCCCGUUGAUUGGUCUCGGGGUCUCUGGAAACUGCCGUUUCCUGAAGAGCCGAGCACUCUGUGAAUUCUGAUUUAUUUGUAAGACACUCUUCAGAUGUAGCUAACGUGCUCACUGAACAGCGGCGUUCAUCACGUUACAGAAACAAGCAAGCAGAUUCCAUCUUAGAAAUGGUUCAGACACUCACAUGCACCCUUAGCUGAUUGAUUGAAACAAUCAUAUUUAAAAUGUUUAGAAUUAAUUUUACUCCAAUCAGCUAGCAAUCUUGAGCUGCAAGUUAUAAACCAAAAUGUUCUGUUCUGUACUUAGGUCUGCUCUUUUAUAUUGCUUUAAAUUUUUAAAGAAAUUAUAUUGCAUGGAUGUGGUUAUUUGUGCAUAUUUUUUAACAAUGCUGAAUCUGUAUGAAUGUAAACUUCGAUUUUUUUAAAAAAACAUCCGAUUUUAGCUUGAGCUUUUGACUAAUGUACAGUAAACGCCAAACUACUUGAUAGGAAGGUUUUUGUAAGUUAAUUUUAUAAGACUUUUCACCUUUAAAGUCCUGCUUCAGGUAUUGUUUAGCUGUUUGGCCAUGGGGGUUUGUUACAGAAACUUGAAGCUAUUUGUGGUAUGUACAACUCAAAUAUUUCUCAUUAAAACAAA